AUGGAGAGAAGGGUCCGCAGGCUUGUUGUGGAAAUCAUCGGGAACCGAGGGGAUCCAGGAGCCCAGGAGCCGACAGUGGCUGCAGUCUUGCCGGCCGGCCGAUCCCUGGUCAGCAUCCGGAUCGUGUUCGAGAAGUUCAGCGAGAAGGACAGCGUGUCCAGCUGUCAGCUGAAGACGUCGGUGACCAAGGGCAUCGAGAGCCAGCCUAGCGAGCAGUUCCCAAGCCUGACCUGGCUGGGCACGAUCGUGCCCCGGUGGAAGCCGGUGAGGGACAUGCGAUGCCACGCCGUCCACGGGGAGCUGCUGGCCUUCAGGCAGAGGAGAGGACCCUCCUACCCGGCCCUGCGGCUGCUGCGCAAGUACUAGCAGGUGCACACGGGCACGUCUGUACCCCACAUCGUGGCGGUGAUGGCCGAAGGCAGGCAGCACGCCCAGUGCGUAGACGUCAUGAGGGUCUCGGCGGAGGACAUGGACCAAGUCAACACGGGCGUUGGCAUCGAGAAGGUCCACUGCCACGACGGACUGCUGCACGUGGAGACCUGCACGGGAGCCGCGGGGGCGGCGCGAGUGCCCGCCUCCAGCGCGAAGACUCGGCUUCCGCCACGCCGGCUGCAUCCAUCAGGGGUCUGUUUUCACAAACAGAGAUCAGAGCGAUGUCUGCCAGAGCCGCUGCCCCGGCCUCCUCGGCUCCCCCCCCUGCCUUCCCUGCUGGUCAACCAGGGCUGCUAG